AUGGUAAAAGAAGAUGAUGUUCCAUUUUGGACAGCCAGAGCAGCUGUCUACUCUGCUCAGCUUUCUGCCUGGGAACACCUACAGUUGCACUUCUUCUUGAACCAUGCCGUUGAUCGAAAUAUGUCCGGCCAGUUUCUUCUGGAUAAACUCUCAAAUUUGAGCCAAGAUGACUCAAGGGAGGAUUUUUUGCGCUCUAUGAUACAUGAUUUGCGGUCUCUGGCCGAAAAGUUCUCCCGGAGCACCCUGGUAUCCAGUGGCACUAUUGCGGCUCUUCGGGAGCGCCAGAAUAAUAUUUGUUAUAUCUCGGGCAGUUCCCAGGACCUUAGGGCGACCCAUAUCAUCUCCCCUUCAGUCCUAAAUGAUGAUGACCUCCAGCCCGGUACCCGAUUACGCGAAAUCUUGGAGGCAUCCGUAACCCCGGAGCUAGUCAACAAACUCUUCUCUUUUCUAAAGUCCUGCAAGAAUACUAGUGACAACCUAAAAAAUUUAUGGUUGAUGAGCCCGCCUGUGUCGUUUGCAUUCCGAGACGGAUAUAUUUCAAUGCACAAGAAUGAAUCUAAUCCUAAAAAAUUACAUUGGAUGAUCCGAAAAACUUCGCCUGGUCGCUUUGUGGUCCCAGGCCUCCCAAAGAACUGCAAAUUAUCUAUCAUGCCGUCCACUCCAGACCAGACCCGCCUUCCUUUACCUGAAGGAUUUUUACUUAGGAUCCAUGAACGUAUUCCUCAAUUUACGUACUACUUGGCUAUCGAAAAACAAAUACAGGCCGGGUGGAAAAUAGAUGGCGAAUACACCGGACCUACUAGAACGUUCAGCCGGUGUGUCUUACGAAGGCUCUUUUACAUCCUCCCACGAUCCCUCCGGCUAAAACUUAUCAAGCUUAUUAUUCGAGUACAAGAUCGCUGGGACCCCCCUAGUGAUAAGUUUGUUAGGUUUUUACCCUUUGGCCUUUGCUUAAAGAUUGGACAUCGAGUGAUGGAAAAUGAAGCAAACGCUCUACUCUUAAUCGAAAAGCAAACGAAAGUCCCGGCACCUCAGCUAAUUGGCUUUGCUAGAGAUAACCAGGGAGAUGGAUAUCUUCUCAUGUCAAGGGUACCAGGUGUUCCAGUAAACACCGUUUACUAUCGUAUGACAUAUGAAGAACGUGUCCAGCUUUCAAAAGACCUGAAAGAAUAUAUCUUGCAGUACCGUCAAAUACGAAAUACGUCUCCUUACCUUAUUUGCAAUACGCUAGGGGGACCAACCACUGACCACCGGACCGAUACAGGCAGUAUAUGGGGUCCUUACCGUACAAAAGAUGGAUUCACUAAUAUGCUCACAGAGGGCCUUGAAGAGCUUAGAAGCGAGUACCCCAUUUCGGUCCUAUACAAGAAGGAUCACAGAAUAGUCUUUACUCACUCCGACCUGCAUCUUUCCAACCUAUUCAUUCACUCUGGGAGAUUGUCUGGCAUUGUCGACUGGGAGAGCGCAUGUUUCAAACCAGAAUAUUGGGAGUUUACACGAGCUCUGUGGUCAUCCAUGGGUGAUAGGCAACGAGAACUGGACCUUAGUUUCGCAUUUGAUGAGAGUUAUCAUGAAGAGCUCGAAGCUGAGAAGCUCAUUUGGGAUAAAAAGCCUGUCUAUUGA